AUGCAAAAUCCCUAUUUUUCCCCUAUACAAAAUAAUCCUCCUCCAUCUUCCUCGUCUUCUUCUCAUCCUCAUCCUCAUCAUAUUUCUUAUGACCUGCCGCCGGUGCAAUCCGUCACAUCGUCGCCUUUUCACCACCGUCCGUCCCCCGCUACUCUUCUUUCCGCUCCGCCGAGUACGGCUACCACAACGGCCACAACCGGCGGAUUGAGCAUGGCCCAUCUAUUACAGCCCGUGUCCCCUAAUAAUCGGCCUAAUCAUAAUACUCAUAAUGCGCCAAUUAUCAGUCCUCCUCUCGCUCUCCCGGUUUCUUCGUCUGCAUCUUCAUCUACAGCUCCUCAUUACCCUCGCUCCUACGGUUCCAGCUCUGGUUCACCCGCUGAACCUACAGCCGUGCUCCCGGAGAAUAAUCACGCUGUUAGCGCCAACUCCGGCACGGCUGGGUCCCUUUCGGGGACCUCGGGCUUUGCUCUCGGGCAACCGGCUCAACCACAGCAGCAUCCACAGGCCGCACCGGCUCCGUCAACAGGAACACCAUCAGGGCUACAGCAGAAACGAGCUUAUCGCCAAAGAAGGAAAGAUCCCAGUUGCGAUGCUUGUCGCGAACGCAAAGUCAAGUGCGAUGCCUCCGAAUCCUCCAGCUGCACAGAAUGCACCAAUCGCAAGGUGCGAUGUCAAUUCACCAAAGAAACAAACAGGCGCAUGUCGUCCAUCAAACAAGUACAAGACCUAGAAAAACAGCUGGUCUCGACCAAACAACAGCUUCAGCAGCUCCGUUCUGGUUUGCUCAAGUCCGAUAGUCCUUCAAUGGACCUGGAUUUCGUCGAAACUCCCACUGGUUUAGGACAGCAGCCGCUUUUCAAGCUGCCGGAUAUCAGCCAACGACCAUCGCGACGACCGAAAGCGCGUGUUGCUCAAGAUCUGUCCUCCGUACGGACCAACCUGCGAAACUACGGCCGUGGAAUCUGGAAAGCCCCGUCUUCAUAUCGCCAACAAAGCCACCGUUUUCUUCUCACCGCUGAUGAGCCCCCAUUGCCUUCGAAAGCCGUCGCAGAUCGCUACCUUGCUCAAUACUACGCCUGCAUACAUGCCGUUCUUCCGGUUCUCCAUUGGCCUACCUUUGCCGCAGACUAUGAACAGGUGUAUCGGACAGGAUCAUUACGGGGCGCGCCACGGGAAUGGGCGGCCGUGUUAUUCGGUGUACUAGCUUGUGGAUCGCUUCAUACCCUCGACCGCAGCCGCGAGCAAGAUGGAAAGGAAUUGAUACGCACAUCGUGCAGCAUCAUCGAUGUGUGGCAAGACGACUUUUCUAUGGAUCAGGCCACGGCAGCUCUCUUGGUCAGCUAUUUUCUUUAUGAGAUUAACUCGAAGUCUUCGAGCUGGGUUUGGAUCGGUUCCGCCGUGCGUGUCGCCCAGGAGAUAGGCUUGCAUUUGGAUUCAGGGCCAUGGCCUCCGCUCGAGAGUGAGAUGCGCAAACGUGUGUGGUGGGGGAUAUAUGCGUGGGAUCGACUUUUGGCCUUAGAAGUGGGAAAGCCGGUUUUGAUCAACGAUCAGGACUGCGAUGUGGACCUUCCCUGUCCGAUUGUCGAUGAACGGUACAUUUCCGACGGUUGUUUACCAGACAGCCAGCAGACUACGCCUUUCCUAGCGGCCAUCCAUGUUGUCCGAUCGAUAGGACAAUUAUCCCGGACAUUACGUUCCCCGACCAUCGGGCUGGCCACGCUCGAGACAUUCGAACGGCAUUUCGACGCUUGUGUAGGGACGUUCCCUGCCUCUUACCAUCCGCGAUCCGAUCAACCUCUCGAUCCGCGCUCACUAGCCCCGAUCGUCUACCUACAAAACGCACGAUUGAUUCUUCACCGGCAUAACGUGUCGCCCAUGAGCCCAACAGACGAUCGAUCAGUCGCAUUGGACCACUGCUUGUCAGCAGCACUGGAUACAGCAACCCUGCUUUCGCGAUGCCUACAACAUCCGCUUCCCGGUGGCGAAGACGGCCGUGCCGUAUUCGCCUCCGCAGCUACAACCAUCCUCUGCACACAUAUCUGGCGCUGCACGCUGUUCCUCCUUUUCCGGCAGGAGUAUGCGGCAGCGCUGGUGUGCGUGCAGGCUAGUUCCCUGAUCGGAGACCUGCGAGCGAUAAACGCAUCCUGCGGUCGCUACCUGGCGUUUUUCGUCCGGUUCUUGUUAGAUCGCGUGCGCCGUCCCGGUCCGCCUGUCGACUUGUCCCGUGACGAAGAACUGAUCGCCUAUGUCUCGGGCGACAUGCAGGGGUCCAGCGACGGCAGCUGGGUCUGGCAGGGUAGCGAGACCGGCUCACAAUUAGAAGUUCUGUCCCCGCCCGUGUCUAGCUCACCGAUUACCCGUCCCGAGACAGGUAAUGAGUCCAUGGACUGGGAAGGAUGGGAAUGGAUCGAGCGGACGGUACAGUACCUGCUAAGCGAGCAGCAGCAACAACAACAACAACAACAACAACAACAACAACAACAACAACAACAACAACAACAACAACAACAACAAGAACAAGAACGACCACUCGAGACGCAACCCCAAGAACCAGUCAAGAAAGAGACAUUCCUCAGUCCUGACACUGCGACGGGUGAGGAUAUAGCUCGACGGUCGAGCUCGUCGCGCAUGACGAUUGCCAGUAUUAUUUGA